UGGCUUCUCUGGGACUCUACCCCUGGGGACUGCCCAUAUCUGCUCCUGAGUUUGGGGGCAGGGGGGCAACCGCCCCAAGAAAUCUCUCCGGCGAUGGGAGCCACCCGCCUGCUGCCCAACCUCACUCUGUGCCUGCAGCUACUGAUUCUCUGCUGUCAAACUCAGGGGGAGAAUCACCCGUCUCCUAAUUUUAACCAGUACGUGAGGGACCAGGGCGCCAUGACCGACCAGCUGAGCCGGCGGCAGAUACGCGAGUACCAGCUCUACAGCCGGACCAGUGGCAAGCACGUGCAGGUCACCGGGCGUCGCAUCUCUGCCACCGCGGAGGACGGCAACAAGUUCGCCAAACUCAUAGUGGAGACGGACACCUUUGGAAGCCGCGUGCGCAUCAAGGGUGCUGAGAGUGAGAAAUACAUCUGCAUGAACAAGAGGGGCAAGCUCAUCGGAAAGCCCAGCGGGAAGAGCAAAGACUGUGUGUUCACGGAGAUUGUGCUGGAGAACAACUACACGGCCUUCCAGAAUGCCCGGCACGAGGGAUGGUUCAUGGCCUUCACGAGGCAGGGCCGGCCCCGCCAGGCUUCUCGCAGCCGCCAGAACCAACGAGAGGCUCACUUCAUCAAGCGCCUCUACCAGGGCCAGCUGCCCUUCCCCAACCACGCCGAGAGGCAGAAGCAGUUCGAGUUCGUGGGCUCAGCCCCCACCCGCCGGACCAAGCGCACACGGAGGCCACAGCCCCUGACGUAGUCGGGGACACUGGGGGCAGCCGCCCCUCACCAGCCUUCCCAUCCCCUUCCCUUCCUGAUCCCAAGACUGGGCUGGGGUGGAGGGAGGGGAACCAGAGCCCCCAAGGAGGACCCUGAGGACCACCAAGCGUCAGAGCCUCCAGCCAGAAAGGGGCGGGACUGCCACAAACCAGGGCUGGGGCCUCAGGGCAGCCGCCCCAGAC